AUGUUAGCAAAAGAAAGAUAUGCAAAAUUGCGUAUAACAUUUUUUGCCGUUUAUAACAACAGUACACGAACUUUUGCUUUGACACAUUUUGAUAACGACGUUAUUAACGAGUUUUUUAAUACGGCAUUACAGUAUAAAAUAAGUGAAGUAUGCAGAAGCAGUAUCAAUAAAAUACCACGGUUUCUUUCUUCUCGCAAUGUAUUGGAGGAAGAACGGGAAGGCUUUUAUUACUCUUUUACCAAAGGAAAUGCUGAUUUUGUCGGCGACGACCGCUGGCUGUUUAGCUUUAAAAGUUGCUUUCGAGCUUCCGGUGACACACCAUACGCUCGUUCUGAGUACCCACUAGAUUUCUGUUAUGGAGCAGAUACAGAUAUGAAAACUGGAUAUGCGAUAUGCCUACCACAACCUUGCGAAGAUGAUGCAACUCAACUCCUCCAACUAUGGACUGACCUGAAUGUCAAAAAUGGAUCACAUAAGCCUUUAAGUGAGGUAGAAUGCUUGGAAUCUCGCAAAAAAACGCAGUGGAAUGCAUUAAGUUCAACUCUUGUAGACAUUUGCAUAAAUCAAACUUAUAUUGCUCUAAUUGCGUUCAUCACGGUGUUCGACUGCGUCAGGCGCCCCAAAACAAAGUCCAUAGUAAUGCGUGCACUAAUGGCAUUUUCGGGUAGGCGCACUGUCAAACGGCUAUACAAAGUACCAAGUAAAUCAAAAAUUACGAUUCGAUGCCUAAUGGGAUUACGUGUCAUAUCAAUGAUUUGGGUUUUCACUGGUCAUGCUUUUGCAUGGGUCCAGGGGUACAUAAAAAAUAUAAACGAGUACCGAGAAGACAUCUCAUCAAAUUUCUUUGCACAAUUUAUUUCGAAUUUUACACUUUCUGUAAAUACAUUCUUCCUUUUGAGUGCCGCCCUAACAUCGUAUUCGUGGUUCAGUGCUGCCAAGAAACUAGAAGGUGUCAGCUGGAGAAGCUACGGAUAUUGGCUUCGCUUCUACAGACAUCGUUUAGUACGACUUUGGCCAGCUUACAUCUACAUUAUUAUUUUUGCCACAUUUCGCUCAUCAGUACACUCGACAAGUUCUGUAUGGCCAGAUACAGACCCACACAUUCAGUGUCCAAAACAUUGGUUGGAAAACAUAUUUUUUAUCAACUGUUUCACCCAUACACCUUGUCUUGGUUGGACUUGGUUACCUACAAACAAAUGUAAAUACAUAUUGGAAAAAAGAACACGAAAGAUAACGGCACCGGGUAGAAGAAUAGGAUAG